UGGCGGCCAAUGCGAAACUGGCUGGUGCUGCUGUUCCCGUGUGUGCUCGGGGCCGCACUGCACCUUUGGUGGCGGCUGCGCUCCCCACCGUCCGCCCGCGCCCCAGGGGUGGGCUCCGCAGAUCAAUCAGCCUUAAAUCCUCUAUGGAAAUACAAUCACUAUGACGUGGUGGUUGGCGUGUUAUCCGCUCGCAAUAACCAUGAACUCCGAAAUGUGAUACGAAACACCUGGUUGAAGCAUUUGAUUGCACACCCAGAAUUAAGUCAGCGUGUGCUUGUGAAGUUCAUUAUAGGUGCUCGUGGCUGUGAAGUGCCUUUGGAAGACAGGGAGGAUCCCUACUCCUGCAAGUUGUUCAACAUCACGAAUCCAGUUUUGAAUCAGGAAAUUGAGGCAUUCAGUCUGUCUGAGGACAUUUCCUCAGGACCCUCUGAGGACCAAGUUGUGAGUGUGAGUUUCCGUGUUCUCUAUCCAAUCGUCAUCACCAGCCUGGGGGUAUUUCAUGAUGCCAGCGACGCAGGUUUCCAGAGGAACAUCACUGUCAGACUCUACCAGGCAGAGCAGGAGGAGGCCCUGUUCAGUGCUCGCUUUAGCCCUCCCAGCUGUGGUGUGCAGGUGAACAAGCUGUGGUACAAACCUGUGGAACAGUUCAUCUUACCCGAGAGCUUUGAAGGCACAAUUGUGUGGGAGAGCCAAGACCUGCAAGGCCUUGUGUCACGGAAUCUUCACAAAGUGACAGUCAAUGAUGGAGGGGGAGUCCUCAGAGUCAUCGCUGCUGGGCCAGGCACAUUGCCUCAUGAAUUCAUGGAAGGUGUGGAGGGAGUUGCAGGAGGCUUUAUUUACACGAUUCAGGAAGGUGAUACUCUCCUGAAAAACCUUCAUUCUCGUCCUCAAAGACUUCUUGAUCAUAUAACUAAUCUCCACGAGGAAGAUGCCUUACUGAGGGAGGAAAGCAGCAUCUAUCAUGAUAUUGUUUUUGUGGACGUUGUCGACACAUACCGGAAUGUUCCUGCAAAAUUAUUGAACUUCUACAGAUGGACUGUGGAGACAGCUAGCUUUGACUUACUGCUCAAGACAGAUGACGACUGUUACGUAGACCUGGAAGCCGUAUUUCAGAGAGUCGCCGUCAAAAAUUUGAACGGACCUAAUUUUUGGUGGGGAAAUUUCAGGUUGAACUGGGCAGUUGACCGAACUGGGAAAUGGCAAGAGUUGGAGUACCCCAGCCCUGCAUACCCUGCCUUUGCAUGUGGGUCAGGUUAUGUCAUUUCCAGAGACAUUGUCCACUGGCUGGCAAGCAACUCGGAGAGGCUGAAGACCUAUCAGGGUGAAGAUGUAAGCAUGGGCAUAUGGAUGGCAGCUAUAGGACCUAAACGAUACCAGGACAGCCUCUGGUUGUGUGAGAAGACGUGUGAAACUGGAAUGUUGUCUUCCCCUCAGUAUUCUCCACAGGAACUCACAGAAUUAUGGAAGCUGAAGGAAUUGUGUGGUGACCCUUGUAAAUGCGAAGCAGGAUAA